GCGGGGCUUUGGGUCGCGAGCAGGAAAAGAAAGGAGGAGGUUCACAACAAGAACGAUGGCUGCGAUUCGUAAGAAGCUGGUGAUAGUCGGAGACGGAGCGUGUGGAAAGACGUGUCUGCUCAUCGUUUUCAGUAAGGACCAGUUUCCUGAGGUCUACGUCCCCACAGUGUUUGAGAAUUAUGUUGCGGAUAUCGAGGUAGACGGUAAACAGGUGGAGCUGGCACUAUGGGACACUGCAGGACAGGAAGACUACGACAGACUGAGGCCGCUCUCCUACCCUGACACUGAUGUCAUCCUGAUGUGCUUCUCUAUUGACAGCCCUGACAGUCUGGAGAACAUUCCAGAGAAAUGGACACCAGAGGUGAAGCACUUCUGUCCAAAUGUCCCCAUCAUCCUUGUGGGAAACAAAAAGGAUCUUCGGAAUGACGAACACACCAGGAGGGAGCUGGCCAAGAUGAAACAGGAGCCUGUUAAAGCAGAAGAGGGCAGAGACAUGGCCAAUCGCAUCAGCGCCUCCGGUUACCUCGAGUGUUCUGCCAAAACUAAAGAUGGUGUCAGGGAGGUGUUUGAAAUGGCCACCAGGGCGGCGCUGCAGGCCAAGAAACGUAACAAGAAGAAUGCUUGCGCUCUCCUAUAAUGGAGGACGAGGGAAUAACAAGGGAGUGGGGGAGGGAGGGACAGAUAUACAGGCCACAGAUAGGGAGAGAUGAAGAAGUGAAGGAAGAGUGGAGAGAGAGAGAGAGAGAGAGAGAGACCCUAGGGUUAGAGAUAAGCACCUGGGGUAAGUCAUUUACUCAAGCAGGCCAAAGGACCCAAAGACCAAGGGGUAACAAUGUAAAAGGGAUUAAGCCGUUUUGACACGCACUGUUCCCAUAGCAACGUCCUCAAGUCUCGAGUGGUCAUGUGGUUCCAUCUGCUGUUUAGAGUCGCAGUGGAUGGAAUCAUGUGGUUUAUUUACACACACACACACACACACACACACUGGUGUUUAUCAGUGCUGUAGUCUCUCACACACACACUCUGAAGUCUACUCUGUGAUCUGGAGUUGUUCGGCUUUGGAGUAAAGCACAUUUACACAGUAACAAUACUAACGCCUCACUUUAACACACUCGAUUACGUACUGUAACGUUUUAAACGCCGUUUCAGGUCCUUUACAGCUCGGCACCUUCGACCUGGACGACUCGGACCUGCGGCUCCAGACGCGCAGCAUCCGUCACCGUCCGGCUGUAACGACGGCGCAUCUCAGAGUUUUAUAUUAUAUUAUAUAUAUAAAUAGAAAUAUAUUUUCUGGUGUUGUUAGGUUUUUUUUCUACUUCCUGUCUGUACCGUGCGUUUUAACAGCUGUAUGACGUUCUGCUGACUUUUUCUGCAUUUCAUUUAUUCAUUAAAAAAAAACUUUGACUGUUUUAAUCCGAUUUUUUUAGAUUUGUUUAUUUUCACACCGUAAAACUGAUUUCAGGAGGGAUUCGUUUUUCUGUUUAAAAAAAGAAAAAAAGACAACAUUUUGCAUACAAAAGCAGAUGGAAAAUAAAGGUUGUGUAACGUGACUCGUGUGAGGAUGAUGUCACACACUGGGGCGUCGACUCUAUAACGAUCUGUGCAGCCCGGAGACAAACUCCUGAUAAUACGGCUCUGAAAGAGAAAAGUGAAAACGGCGUUAAAAACGACAAACGACUCGUUUGUAACAAACUUCCUGUAAAAGCUGAACAAACUGCUGCAGGCUGAGGACGUGUCUGAGAAACAACCUGACAGUGUGUUGUUGUCUAAAGCCCUAUUCAGACGGGAUGCACUUAUUUCCAGAACAGCGUAACAGAUAUUGCGUCAUCGGGUAGGCGUGGCCUAUUUGAUAAUCUAACCGUAGUUUUUGGUUGUUUAUUUGUUUUAUAAAAUAAAUCUACCUGUACGA